CGCUUUGAUCCGCCCGUGCGCGCGCCUCACUCACUCACGCACACGCUCGCGCACGCACAGUUCGCCCGUGACUCCGCCGCCGCCGCCGCUACCGCUGCUGCUGUGUCAUGUUGGACGAGUACAGAUUCCUCCCCUCCCUCCCCUCCUUCCUUGUGCUUCUGCUGCCCUCUGCGCCCGCGACGCCACUUCCAACGCCAACCUCGACGCGCCGCUCACGUCCGACUGACAGCGAGGAGGGGGGAACCCGGACCGUCACCCGUUGGCAAUCAUUACGCGUGGAUAGGACGCACGGGGACUCUACGUAGACGCAUAACAGCCAGAGAGACGAUUGGCUUUGAAGGACAUGCACCCACCCUGGACAGAUUUUCAAACAGACUGUAGAACUUGUGGCAUCGGGAUUAGAAGCCUCCUCGUUCCGCCUAUGUCGAGAUUAACUCUUUGGAGAUGUGGUCCGCCGUGCUGGAACUUGUUUGUACGGGUGCCAAACUUAUUAACUUAUUACCCGGUUCUUGGACAGUUUUCCGAUGCCUUCCCAAACUAAACCAGGAUCACAGAAGCUCCGUCAGCUGCGGACUGCUCUUACUACCAAGCAGCUGGGGCUAAAGUUGAUAUUUCUGUAAAGUGAAGUAAAAGUGCUGCAGUAAUUUUAGUAUUAAGAUAACUAUAAAAAUGGAAAUGUAAUAAUAUAUUGUGUGUAUAUAUACAAAAUUUCAAAAUGUUUACUAUGUCGACAUGAAGCUUAGACAUAGUAGUAGAACAUAGUAGUGGACAAGAGUACUUUUUAAAUGCUCAAUUGAAGUAUGCAAACACUGCCUACCUCUGCUGUUGUAAAUUAUUUUGGCGGGUAUGAGUUUUUUUGAGUUUUCGUCAAAGCCGUGCCCAAACCGGUGCCAUUAGACAUGAUGGAUUCGUGAAUUGUCUGGGAGCAUCAGAAAGACUUUUUGGACUUAGCAGAGUUUGCACAGUAUUUACCGAGAAUGCACUGUCCUAUGAGGAGGAAGCGUCCAACCCGGGACUCCGACUUCUCUGCCAUCGUGGUGCCCUCUAUGCACGGGUCCGGGUACCUGGACUACACUGUGGAGAGCCACGCCUCCAAAUGCCUGAGCGUAAUGGACCAGUUCAGAAGACAGGAGGUGCUGUGUGACCUGGUGCUCCAUGUGGCACACAAAGACACUGUUGUGGAUUUUAAGGUACAUAAGGUGGUCCUAGCGUCCUGCAGCUCAUACUUCAGAGCCAUGUUCACCAGUCACUUCAGAGAGUUUGCUGCGUCGGAGGUGACCCUGCGUGACGUCUGCCCCCAGGUUGUGGGAAGACUCAUCGAAUUCGCCUACACCGCCCGCAUCACCGUGGGGGAGAAGUGUGUGCUGCAUGUGCUCCUGGGGGCUAUGAGGUACCAGGUGGAGGACGUGGCCAAAGCGUGCUGUGACUUCCUCACCAAACACCUGGAGCCCUCCAAUGUGAUCGGCAUCGCGCGUUUCGCAGAAGAGAUCGGCUGCACCGAGCUGCUGCAGAAGAGCCGCGAGUACAUCAACACUCACUUCUGUCAGGUGACCAAAGAGGAGGAGUUCCUGAAUCUGUCCCACUGCCAGCUGCUGGAGCUGAUCAGCCACGAGAGCCUCAAGGUGCUCUGUGAGUCUGAGGUGUACAAAGCGUGUACAGACUGGGUGCGCAGUGACAUGGAGGUGCGCUCUCAGUACCUCCACGCCCUCCUCAACGCCAUGCACAUCUACGCCCUGCCCCCCAAGUUCCUCAAGAACCAGCUGCAGUCCUGCCCCAUCCUCAGCAAGGCCAACUCGUGUAAAGACUUCCUGUCCAAGAUCUUCCAGGACAUGACCCUGCGCAAAGUCCCCCCACCCCCGCUCAGGGGCUGUCAGCUCAUCUAUGUGGCUGGAGGGUACAACGGCGGUUACAGGCAGCAGUCUCUGCCCACUCUGGAGGCCUAUGACCCCAGGAGGAACCUGUGGAUCCCUCUGGCCGACAUGGAAGCGCCCUGCAGCGGCCUGGGAGCCUGCACCCUCUUCGGACUGCUCUACACUGUGGGUGGGAGGAACCUGUCCCUCCAGAAUAACGUGGAGUCCAGCGCUCUGUCCUGCUACAACCCCAUGACCAACCAGUGGCGCCAGCGCGAGUCCCUGAACACGCCCAGGAACAGGGUGGGCGUGGCCGAGGUGGACGGGUGCAUCUACGCCGUGGGGGGGUCCCAGGGCUCCACACACCACAGCACCGUCGAGAGGUGGGACCCAGAGACCAACCGCUGGGCCUACAUCAGCCCCAUGUCGGUGGCUCGUCUGGGGGCAGGGGUCACGGGCUACGGGGGGGCUCUGUACGUGGUGGGGGGCUUCGACGGGCAGAACCGCUGGAACAGUGCAGAGAAGUACCAGCCUGAAACCAACACCUGGGUGCAGCUCGCCCCCAUGGGCACCGUGCGCAGUGGCCUGGGCCUGGUGUGCAUAGGCUCGUACAUGUACGCCAUCGGGGGAUAUGACGGGCUCAGGCAGCUGUCGUUAGUGGAGCGCUACAACAUCAGCAGGAACGUGUGGGACGUCCGGGCCCCCAUGGAACAAUGCCGCAGUGCACAUGGAGUCGCCGUGUACUCCGGACGCAUAUACGUCUUCGGCGGCUUCAACCAGCACGGCUUUUUGUCCAGCGUGGAGUGCUACUGCCCGGAGCGAAACGAGUGGGCCACGGUCACGCAGAUGUCCAUGGGGCGCAGCGGGAUGGGCGUCGCCGUCACCAUGGAGCCCUGCCCCGGGAGCCUGCCCGAGCUGGAGGACGAACAACAACAGCAGCAGCAGCAGCAACAGGAGGAGGGGGCAGGGGUCAGGUAGCACAAGGCCACCACCAGGGAGAGUCCAAGAGCUGCUUCUGUCGUCUGCUGUAAUGGGCAAGGAACGGACGAUUAUACUAGAUUGUGUUUGAGAGUCUGAUGUCAACAUUUCAGAUGGAUGCCGUGGGUUAAAUUAAUGUAACUUUUAUUUAUUUUUCUCAUUUGACCCAUUUUUCGUACCCGUCAGGAGCAGUUCGCAGUUCCCAUGAAUUUUUAUGUAGGUAAAUAGACUGCGUUCACCUUCUAGAAGCUGAUGAUGUUGUGAAUUUUUUUGUCAGGAGUACCUAGCUGGAGAAAUGUUCUAUUUGGAAAACUGAAGGAGCGAGAGGAGACCCAUCCAGGGAAUAGAACCAGGAACCUUCUUGCUGUUGGUGGAAGUGACGCUUGUGCCACCAUAUUGCCCAAUGUGUUUUUAGAGAUUACGUCUACAUAUUUGUCACACUUAUUAUCCUACAGAAUAUAAUUACAUAAUAAUAAUUCAAGGUAGUACAACUAAAGGUGCACUAUGGAACUUUUCUGGUGGAACGUCACUUUUUCCUGAUUAUUUUUCUAAUUAUUUUGUUCAAACUAAACGGCAAAUAGGUGAUUAUUUUAUUUAUUGGUCUCUUAAAAAAAAAAGAGGGGGCAUUAUGCAACUUAAGAGGUUUUUGACAUCAUCCCUGCAUGUUUGAGUAAUUUAGUGAUCUCUCAAGUCCUAUUCGAACCUCUAAGAUUCUGUACGAGACUCUACCCACAAGCCUAUGUCGCCCACACUCCCGCAUGAAAAUUCUCCAUAAAUACCGUAUUUUUCGGACUAUAAGUCAUUCCGGAGUGUUAGUCGCACCAACCAAAAAAAUGUGUAAUGAAGAAAAAAAUGUAUAAGUCGCACUUUUGGGGGAAAUUUAUUUUAUAAAAUCAGAGACCAGGAACCAGUUAUAGUAGUAAUAGAAUGGAGAACAGGCUGAACAGUUCUUCAGAUAACUAACAUAACCAGAACAAGUUUACCAAACUCUCCAUCUCACUCUAAAUCAGUAAAUCCAUUGAAUUCUUCCUCCUCAGUGUCACUUCUGAGUAACUCCACGACCUCCGGAGGUAAACAGAGCGCCGCUUCCUCUUCUGUGUAGCUGUCAUCAGACUCAGCAUCAGUUCCAGUUAGAAUUAUUCUGGCCUUUCUGAAUCCCGACAGGAUGGUUUUGUUGUCACUGAAGUCCAUGUGUUGUCGACUUCCAGGAAAGUUUCAUGGUGCAUACUCCCGGUUACCUUGAAGCUGCGUUCUCCUUCCCCGCUUUUCCCUAGUCCCUCACAAGUUUCUCGCUCACUCCAAACUUUCUUUCUGUUGCUUGAUUAGUUUUCGGCUGAAUAUUUCACUACUUGCAGCAGGACAGAGGCUCUUUCCACAGGAGACAUGCGCAGCAGAGCCAAGUGACAGUGGUACAGGGUAAUAGAAGCAGAUACCGACACACAAACGUAGAGCCUCUCGUGGCUGUCAUUGUGAAAAUUUUAAUAUUUUGCACCGGAGUACAAGUCUUAGAACCAUCCAAACCAUGAAAAAAGUGCGGCUUAUAGUCUGAAAAAUACGGUAAACAAACACUCAAUACAAAUCUGUACACUACAACUUCACAAACCUGAUGCGAUGUGCAGUAGUUUCCAUUGCUCUGAAGGGGGAGUGACUUAACACGGGGAGCAAACAAAAGUGAAACUAAGAAAACACUAACUGCUCUAAAUAUAUCACGUGUUAGCAGUUAAAACCUCACCAAGUAAUAUACCGCCUCUUUAAAGUAUUUUUAGUUAUAAUUAAUCUCCAUGGAGACCAGCAAACGGAUUAGCCACAACCAGAAAAGUUGCGCAAUGCACCUUUUUAUAAUCCUUACACAAAAAUCGAAUAACUUUAUUGUCAUUACAGUACAGAAAAGGACUCUAACACACAAUGUUGACGUCGCGUAACAUUUUAGUCAUUUUUCAUCUGUUUUGAGUGGACGUGAUUUAGACGCUGUGGACGCACAAACUGACCAAUGAGACGCUGCCAAGACGAUGAACCACAGUGUUGCAAGAAGUCACAACGAUGCUAUGUUUGAAAUGUGCGUUGUAAUGUAAUUUAACUUGUACAAAAAGCAAAGUGUGAUUAUUCUAAGUGUGAUUUUUUUUUUUUUUUUUUUUUUUUUUUUUUUUUUUGGUAAUGAACUUUUGUAUCGUGCGUCUACCUCCGCUCGGACCAGAUUUUCGAAUGGUCUGUCGCCAGCAUUUUCACUCACUUUUGUAAUUAUUGUAAAGUAAUUUGUACAAAUAAAUGUGAUUAAAGUUGAA